AUGGCCCAUGGCCACAACCCGCAAACCAGGGUCAACCAGCUCGACUCGGUGAUCCUCGACAACGAGCUCUUUGACUUGGUGCACGAACAGCUGGUAUCUGUGUUUCAGCACUGGCAGCCGCAGUGGAAGACGUCAUAUGGCAAGGAAAUCCGCUUGGGGUUGCGGUUGUUGCUCUUCAAGAACACCGUAUGGGACAACAGUCAGCUGUACGGGAUGAAGGUGCAGAACUUGCGGAUGAGUUCAUCGUCCGCGCUCCGCACACGCAAACUCGCACUCUUGGUGUUGAUUCUCGGAGAAUACGGUUGGAACGUUUUCCAGUCAUAUCUCUUUGCGCUUGACCUGGAACUUCCUACCGAAACGCGAAAGACGAAAUGGACGGUGCUCAAGAGAAACGUUGUGCGGUUGCUUCUCCGACACCGUGACCGUAUCCUAGCCUCGUCCAAGCUCUACUCCAUCUUGUCGAUGCUCAACUUUGUGGCGUUCCUAGUGAACGGUGAAUAUAUAUCCUUAAAGUACCGUCUCCUCGGCUUGAAGAUUUACAAGCCCGUGCACCAGGACUUGUUGAAGUUCCAAGGCAGCAACGUUUCGUUCGAGUUCCAGAACCGCCAGCUCGUGUGGAACACCUUGACGGAGUUUUUGAUCUUCACGCUUCCAAUGUUGCAGCUACACAAGCUCAAAACGUCGCUUCUGUUUCUCUCGCUCACUCCAAAGGCCAGCGCUGCGCCGCUAUUGGCGCACUUACCCGAAAAGCGCUGCGUCAUCUGUUACCACACGUACCAGACCCGUCGGCUCCAGAUGAACGCGUCACAGGAAGACGAUGCAGGCUGGUUCUUGGUAACGAACCCCUACACUACAAACUGUGGUCACACCUACUGCUACCUCUGUGUGUUGACCAAGCUCGAGUUGUCCCCUGCCGGCAAGGAGGUGCUUUCCGAGGUAGAUGAGCGGGAGUUGUGGGACUGUCUUAGGUGUGGGGCUAAGGUGAAGUACGCUACUCCGUUCGAAGACGUUGAUUUGUCCUGUUGUGUAGCCGAAGAGCCUAAUGAGGAGUCUGCUGCUUCUGAGCACGGGUCUUCUGAAGAGUCUUCGGAACACGAGUUUUCCGAACAUUCCUCGUACGAAGAGAUUUCCUCGGAAUCGGAGCCCGAAGAGGAAUCAGACAUUGAGGCUGAGACCGGCGGAUUUUUUGUUGAAUAG